CCACGACCUGCCACCUGCCACCCCAGCUUGACGUUUGUAGCAGUGCCCACUGCUCCCCAUUUAUCAGCCAGCAGUUCAGGAGCCUAUGAAUCUGUGGGGAUGUUCCAACUCUGGAGCAAUGAGGUCCCAUCAGGCUCACACACAACCAUGGCUUUUGGGCUGCCCAAGGUUCCCUACCACGGGCAAGGUACAUCGAGCAGUGGCUCUGCCCAUGAACUGCCCCUGACUCCGCCAGCUGAGCCCACCUACUCCUUUGAGCUGUCGCCUGUCAAGAUGCUGGCACCCACAAUGCCACACUCUUAUGCCUUCCCAGAGGCCCAGGACUUCUCUAACUUUUUGCAAGGGCCCCGGCCUUUGGGCCCAGCUCCUCCUCCAGGAGCCGCCUCCACGGAUGAUGGCCCCUGGUGGAGCUUGCAGCAACCAGGCAACUUCUCUCUGGGCCGGCCGCUGGUCCUAAGCCCCCAGCCCCCUCUUGCUGCUCUCCUGCAGGGCACUCCCAAGGGGCUCCUGGGUACCACUCGCCGCUGCCGCCGCUGCAAGUGCCCCAACUGCCAGGCAGUGAGUGGAGCCAGCGAGGAGCCAGGCAGGAAGAAGCAACACAUCUGCCACCUGCCAGGCUGUGGCAAGGUCUAUGGCAAAACGUCCCACCUGAAGGCUCACCUCCGCUGGCACGCGGGCGAACGCCCCUUCAUCUGCUCCUGGCUCUACUGUGGGAAAAGUUUCACCCGCUCGGAUGAGCUGCAGAGGCACCUUCGGACGCACACAGGCGAGAAGCGCUUUGGCUGCCAGCUGUGCCCCAAGAGGUUUAUGCGGAGCGACCACCUAGCAAAGCACGUCAAGACCCACCAAGGAAAGCGAAUGCGGGGCAUGGCCAUGGUGGCGGCAGCAGUGGGCAUCAAGCAGGAGUGAUGUUCGAGGGGGUGGAGGGGGCAGAAAUGGAGGCCAAAGGGUGGAGGUGGGUUCGAGGAAGCAAUGAG